CUGGCGACUAAGUCGGCUCAGCAGGUCGGAGUGAAGAAGCCUCGCCGAUUCAGUGGCGCUGAAGAAGAUCCGCAAGUACAAAAAGAGCACCGAGUUGCUGAUCCGCAAGCUUCCGUUCCAGAGGUUGGUGUGAGAAAUCGCCAAGGAUUUCAAGACGGAUCUGAAGUUUCAGAGCAACAUAAUAACAAGACCAACAUAACUGUACACUUCGAAAGCAUCUGA